GCCAUUUGGACGCCAAAGUUGUGGCGCGCCAGAGACCAAGAACACACAGCAUGUCGACGGACGAGACGCCGCAAGAGAUGCUCGCGCUACCCGCGUCGACGCCGACGCCCGGCGGCGCGCCGAUCAACGUCACGGCGGGCGGCAACGCGGUCGCGCUCGACCACCUCGGGCCCAUGGUCGUGCAGGUGGACGGGUCGCUCAUGCGCAUCACCGACUGGGCGACCAAGACGGACCACGAGAAGGCCAUGAUCCAGCGCGUGAUUGCCAAGCGCAACAAGGAGCGCUUAGACGCGCUACUUCUCGCCCAGGCUGCCGAAAUGGACUAAUGCACGUUGCCCUCUCACGGUCUUUGCACCAGCCAAGA